AAGGAAGCAGGAGGAGGAGUGUGAGAGGUGUGGAAAAAAGAGAAAGGGAAACGGGUAUAAUACGGAGUGGAGGAGAGCACCCCGCGAAUGAUGGACACUCCUGUGGAUGCGGCCAACUCCUGACACCCUGAAAGAGUGUUUCCUACGAGGCGAUUUCUUUUUCUUUUCAUUGUUUGCCAUUUGUUCGGAAGGCAACAGCUUAGCGCCGGCUGAGGGAGGAGAUGCGGUGAUAUCAUGAGCAUAGCCGGCCAGGGAGAGAGACAGAGAGACAGAGAGGAAGAGAGAGAGGGAGGGAGGGAGGGAGGGAGGAAGAGGGUGCACGGGGAGGAGAGGCGGGGAGUGGGCUACCACCAGGCCAGCUGAGGAUGCUUGUUGUUUCUAGAAACAGGAUUUAUCACCGGGCCGAGCGCUGAUCCUGCUCCGGCACACCGAGCGCACCUCUCUGCGCUGCAGCCGUCCCGACCGAGGGCGCAUUUUUUCCGCCCGUCUCGCCCGGUCUGCCCGAGGCUGUUUGCCCUUUUUUAAUGCUCUCCCCCCCUCUUCCUCUAUUUCCUGAUGCAGGCCCGGGGAGGGGUGAGCCAAAGUGUGCACCGGAUAUUGGAAAACCCAUUCUUCUUGCUGAUGCUGUUGUGAUAACAGAUUAUUAUCCGGACAACGCCGCAUCUGCACAGGAAAGUCACAUCCCGACCAAACGAGGCCAGGCUUGAGAAGAAACGGGAAUGUACGAGCUCGGAGGGGUUGUGGAAACAUUUUUUGGACGGUAGCGGCAGCGAGGAAGAGGGGGGGUGGGCGGGGGGUCCCUGAUAUUGAUCAGAGAAUGGAUUCAAUCAGGGGCAUUCUGACUUGGGAUAUUUGAGACUCUGCUCUUACAGGAAUCAAUGUGUGGCAAAUGUAGCCUUCCUGUCCGGGUCUGAAUGAGCUCUUUCUUUACUGCUCCACUUUUGACCAGCUGCAUAAGCUACACAGGAUCAAUCAGCUUUAAACUACUGUUAUUUAUAGCAGGGGGUGGGUUUGAUGUAGCACGUUAUUGUGGACAUCUCCCAUCAUCACCGGUACCGGGCAAACCUCACACGUCUCUCUGAUCUUUUCUACUUCCCCCUCUGAAUGAUGCUGCUUUAGUGGAAGACACAGACUGGGAGAUACUUUAUUCUAGGCCUUACAGAGUGGAAACUGGGCCCGGUUCUCACUCCGAACGCGGACCUGACCGCAUGACAAACAAGUGCAUGGGAGUAGCCUGCAGGGCCCGGCUUUAGAUCACGACCAGUCGUCCAUACCUCUCCUCUCCGCUCCUCUCCGCCGCCUGUGAUGUGCGUUACGGCAUUACGCACGGAGCAGGAGCGGCCGCUAUCUUGAUCUGCCUUAUAUCAGGAGUACAAUUUCAUCUCGGGAAGGAUGAGCAGCAAGGAGCUGACGGUGGGCCAGUCCAACCAGUAUGUGGGGCCUUACAGGCUGGAGAAGACCCUCGGGAAGGGACAGACAGGACUGGUGAAGCUGGGUGUCCACUGUAUUACUGGGCAGAAGGUGGCCAUAAAGAUUGUCAACAGAGAGAAACUCUCUGAAUCAGUUCUAAUGAAGGUGGAGAGAGAAAUAGCUAUUCUUAAACUAAUAGAGCACCCUCACGUUCUGAAGCUGCAUGAUGUCUAUGAGAAUAACAAAUACCUGUACCUGGUGUUGGAGCAUGUGUCUGGCGGAGAGUUAUUUGACUACCUGGUGAAGAAAGGCAGGCUGACCCCCAAAGAGGCCAGGAAGUUCUUCAGACAAAUCAUCUCCGCCCUUGACUUCUGCCACAGUCACUCCAUAUGUCACAGGGACCUGAAACCCGAGAAUCUUCUCCUGGAUGAGAAGAAUAACAUCAGGAUAGCAGACUUUGGUAUGGCCUCGCUACAAGUCGGUGACAGCCUGUUGGAAACCAGUUGUGGAUCCCCACAUUAUGCUUGCCCAGAGGUCAUAAGGGGGGAGAAGUACGACGGUCGCAGGGCAGAUGUUUGGAGUUGUGGAGUCAUUCUCUUUGCUCUUCUUGUGGGUGCCUUGCCCUUUGACCACGAUAACCUGCGGCAGCUUCUAGAGAAAGUGAAGAGUGGAGUAUUCCACAUGCCCCACUUUAUACCUCCUGACUGCCAAGCUCUGCUUAAAGGAAUGAUAGAAGUCAACGCUGACAAGAGACUCACGCUAGAAGCAAUACAGAAACACGCCUGGUACCAGGGUGGUCGUAAUGAGCCUUGCCCAGAACAGCCGCCCCCUCGUCGGGUGUGUGUGAAGAGGAUCCUGUCCUUAACAGAGCUGGACCCUGAUGUCCUGGAAAGCAUGUACUCCUUAGGGUGCUUCAGAGACCGGGUCAAACUCACACAGGACCUUACAAGUGAGGAGGAGAACCAGGAGAAGAUGAUCUACUACCUCCUGUUGGACAGGAAGGAGCGAUACCCCAGCUGUGAAGAUGAGGAUCUGCCACCUAGAAAUGACAUAGACCCACCCAGGAAGCGCGUGGACUCCCCCAUGCUGACGCGGCAUGGUCGCUGUCGUCCAGAGAGGAAGAGCCUGGAGGUCCUCAGCGUCACAGACCAGGGGUCUCCCACCCCACCUCGCAGGGCCCUGGACACUAAUGCACACAGCCAGAGGUCUCGUUCUGUCAGCGGAGCGUCCACGGGUCUGUCCUCCAGUCCUCUCAGCAGUCCAAGGAGCCCGGUCUUCACUUUCAACCAAUCAGAAGUCACCCCCACCUCCGCUUCCUCCUCCAAAGACCCCAAACCAGGAAGUGCCACCACCUCUCGGCCUUCUCGCCCGACGCCAGACCCAAAAACACAAACCCUGCCCUCAAAGGGCCCCACUGACCGGCCCCAGCUCCAUUCCAUGAAGUCCCUCCCUCUCCAGACUCCACGCUCCCCUUCCCCAUCCCCCUCCCCGCUCCUCUCCCCCAUCCCACGCUUCUUCAACUUCCCCUCUCCUUCUGUCUUCAAGUCCAAGAAUGUGCACUCGUCCUCUAACUCCUCUGCCACCCCUCCUCCUGUGUCACAGGUCACGCCGCAGGGCUCACCGCUGCCCACCCCGCUGGGCACGCCUGUGCACCAAAUCCAACACCCUUCCUCCACCACCCCUCCCUCCUCCUCCUCCUCAUCUUCUUCUUCCAGAGCGGACGGAGCCGGCGGGGCCUCGCUGUCACUGACCCCACCCUCCAGCCCCGGUGGCAGUGGCGGUCUGGCCGCCUCAAGUUCUGCCCACUGGAGAACAAGGCUCAACUCGUUCAAAAACAACCUUCUGGGCUCGCCGCGCUUCCAUCGGCGCAAACUGCAAGUACCAACAUCGGAGGACAUGUCCAGUUUGACUCCAGAAUCCAGUCCAGAAUUGGCUAAGAGGUCCUGGUUCGGUAACUUCAUCAGCCUGGAGAAAGAGGAGCAGAUCUUUGUUUUGAUUCAAGACAAGCCGCUCAGCUCUAUCAAGGCUGACAUCGUCCAUGCCUUUCUCUCUAUCCCGUCCCUCAGCCACAGCGUGGUGUCUCAGAACAGUUUCCGGGCAGAGUACAAGUCCUCUGGCGGUCCCUCUGUCUUCCAGAAGCCUGUCAAGUUCCAAGUGGACAUUGCUUUCUCUGAGGGAGACAGGGAACGAGAAAGGGAACGAACAGAGAGGGAAGGAAGAAGAGAGCUGGGCAUCUACAGUGUAACUUUCACUCUAAUAACAGGUCCCAGUCGCAGAUUCAAGAGAGUGGUGGAAACCAUUCAGGCUCAGCUCCUGAGUACUCAUGAUCAGCCUUCUGUGCAGGCACUGGCUGAUGAGAAGAAUGGUCAGCUUUCCCGGCAACCCAGCACUCCUUCGCGUCAGAAUUCCCGGCGCUCCGAAAGCGGAUCUGAGCGAGAGCGGGGAGAGAAGGAGCGUGCAGCAGAUGGUGGAAGUGGAAGCGGGAGCAGCAGCGGAACCGCCUUACAAAGGCGGGGGUCGGGGAAAGACAAGACGAGACUCCUCUCAUCGUCCAACGGGACACAGUCUCAUCCCUGAAAAGAAUGUUGUGGAAGAGAGGCGAGGAUCAUCUGCCUGGCCUUUCUCUCUUCUUUCCCUCAAUACUUCCCACAUUCUUUCCAUCCCCAUUUCCUAAUUCCUGCCUCGCUUCCUACCAUUAUUCCAAAGCAAUGGGAUGUAGGAGGGGGAAGUUUUUCCUUGAAGCUGAUCCAGGGAUAUGAUAACUCCUGCAAGUGGCUGAUUUUAGUAGAAAUGUAUACUUGCCGGGGUGGCGGAGGCAGGUUGAGCUGAUCUCUAGUCAGCCUUCAAGGGCAGCUUCACCCCGGAAGGACCGAUUUGAAGACAGGACGUCCAGACUAAGUCCCAACUUACCAGAAAAAUACAAGAAAAGCUUACAGCCAGGGAAACACACUGUUCACCCUCUCUGAUGAAUCAAAAAAGCACAUGCCCUUCCCACCGACCAAUCACAUGCAACACAUGGUCCAAGUUCAACAGGAAACCUCCCAUCAGUCUGUCAAAAUGGCACAGGCCCUUAAGUCAUUCUCUAUUAUCAUUUUCUGACCAGCCAGCUGUCACCGGGAUCAUCAGGUCUCCUCAACACCACCUGCCCAAACACGUUGAGUCACAUGACAGGAAGCUCUCCUCUCUUCCCCUCACUUUCUAAUUGAAGACAACUGUGUAUUCUCAAGCAAAGCAACAAAAUUAGGUUGUCUUUCGAGAAAGGAAUGAGAAUUACAGGAGGAGUCUGGAUAUAUAGACUUGAUUGUUAAAGUGGAUAUUAUUUCUUAAUAAUUAGCAAACCUAAUGCUGUACUUUAACGAUCAAGGAGAGCAGAGGAAAAACAACAGCAAAAUGAUGGAGAAUGGAUCUACGUAAUGUAGCCUUAGAGCCAGGGGUAUAUCGAAAUAAGACAGACAAGACACAACUUUUCCUAGUAUGUAUGAGCAGCAGAACGUCCCACAAUUAUUUCUGAAUUACACUGAUAAAGCUAUGAUACCGUAUUGCCUUUUAUGGAGGAGAAAAAGUGGAUAGCUAGUUAGAUUUAGCCCCAUUUUGAGGACACUAGUCACACCACAGGUAGAAUGUCUCACAAGUGAAAACUCCUAGAAGAGAGGGAGAUGAAUAGAUAGAUAGAUGGAGACAAAACAGAGGAUAGCUAGAAACUAAAUCCAUUUGGUAGCGAAGGAAGGACAAAGGAAAAAACUAGUAGUCAGAAACUUAAGCUAUGUUCUGUUAAACAAUAGGUUGUUAAUACAACAUUCAUAUAACAUAUGUACAUUGAAAUAGUUAUUGUUUGCUCUAGUUCCUUCUCUUCCAUCUAUACUGGCUGGAAAGCAAUCCCUUCAAGUGCAAAUCCACUGUGAAAGAUAGGGGCCAAAAUCCACAGUCCGUGAAUUAGUUUAGCUGAAGCUAAUAUGAGGACUUAGCAAUCUGAAUUAGUCUAACUAGCUAGCAACAGCAAGCCUGUCUUUGUGUUUCUCAACAUGUUGAUGUGGUGUGCUGGGCUGUAGCAGAAGAGAUACUCACCUUUUUUUCAGGCUACGUUUAGCUAAAUAAGCGUGUAUAUAGCUAUCAAUAUUGAAGUAUUAUACUUUAAUAGUUCUGAUGUUAAAAUUAGUUUUCUAUCAACUCAGCUAACAUCUAGCCGAUUUUGUUGCUAGGUAGAAAAUAAUAAGCCCGUUUUUUGUCUGUUUGUUUUCUGUAGUUCUUUUUAGCAAGUGGGAGAUAUUAUUACCGACUAAAUUCUAAAUAUCGCUGACUCAGAAUUACAGCUAGAAGGCUGGUAAGCUGGUGUUUUUUUCUGGCUCUGUUUCUUUUAAUACCAUCUGGUCAAUAUGACGCAAAUGUGUCACAAGCACAUUUCAUUUGGCUUACUCAGCCUCCUCAGAGACCUAAUAUUUGAAACUAAUUACUUAGUAGCUAAUUAGCUUCAGCUGAACUUUAAAGUAAAUAUUUCCCUGCAUAUGUGUCCUAUCUCUUAUAUUGGAGUCACUUUAAGAAGGGAUCACUUUGUAGGCAGCGUGGAGAGGAGGAAUGGUUACAGUGACCAAUACCUCUUUCAGUGCACAAUAUCAGCAUGUGAAUAUUGUAUGUAUGAAAAACUUGUGUGGAACUCCAAAUCUAGCCUAACUGAAAAGAGAAUUAAUGUCCAUAUAAUCACAUUAAAUUGAAGAUGGAUGAUGAUGGAAAUGUGGAAUUAAACUAAAGAGGCUGAUCAAACAGGACAACCAAGUUUAGGCUUUUUGUACCUGAAAUUAGGCAACUGAAACCCUUCCUAUGUUCCUGUGACAAUAGAUGCAGAACGAUGCAGGGCGACUCAAAGCCCCAACAAAAGCCUCAGCUCUUUCUGCCUCGCAGGUGGAGAUGAACAAUUAAUGUACUUUUCACAAAAAGGAAAACAAGAAAAGCGAGAAAGAAAAAGGACUCGGGUGUGUCUAUCACAAAAACUCUGCACACAUACUGCCUGGAAGGGGGGGAAUGAAGCCACACAUAAAGAAUGAAAUUUAGCUUGUUUUAUUUUUUCUAUCCAUACCUUCAUUUUUAACUCUGCUCUGGUCUUUCUGUGUCUGUUUUUUUUUUUUUAUGUUUACGUGUUUGCCACCAGCAAACUAGAGGGUGGCGCCAACCAUGUGAUUGUCAACAAACUUUUUUGAAAUUAUUACAAGAGUGUUAACAUAUUUUUUGUUCCAUAUGUUUAUUGAAAAUGUAUUUAUCUAUUUAUUUAUUUAUUUGCCAUGUAUUUGUUGAAAGUAUAAUAUAUAUAUUUUUUUUAUGAGAAGCAGGAGGCAGGUGAAGACAGGGAAAUGUCCCUUUCAAGAUGUCCGACAUUGCAGAGCUUUCCCUGAAAAAACUGAAAAACAGCUCCCCUCCUUCUUCUUUAAACUUAUGAAAACUGAUGCUGCAAAAAUACUUUCCAUCUUUGUAUUUUGUUCAUAGCUGCUGGAAUUUCACACACACACACACACACACACACACACACACACACACACACACACACACACACACACAGGCCUUUUAAAUUAUAAGUCUAUUUUAGCCAGGCUAGUGAUGUGGCUCUAGGAAUGGCAAUGUCGGUUUGUUGGUUGGUCCACCACUUCAGUGCAAACUGAAAUAUCUUUGCUGAUCUUUUGGACAGACAUUAACGAUGUAUACUAUCCUUCGGACUCGUGAUCCCUUGACUUUUCAUCUGGCGCCAUCAUCAGGUCAAAAUUUGUCCAGUACUUUGGUUUAUGAAGAAGUACAAACUGCAAAACUUGACAUUUCCAUCAGCCUCAGUUGCACUUUGUGUUUAGAGCUAAAUAACAAAUGUUAGCACGCUACCAAGUUAAGAUUAUACCUGGUAAACAUCCACAUGUGAACAUUGCCUUUGUGAGCGUGUUAGCAUGCUGACAUUAGCAUAUAGCUCAAACCACUUCAAGUGCCACUCUCGCAGAGAAGCUAGCAUGGCUGCAGACUCUUAGCCUUGUUGCUAAAUAAUUCAUGGACAGUGACUGUAAACACAAAUGUAUUUUCUUGUCAUAUUCAUUCCCUGUGAAGCACUGUUUAUUCAUGCAAACCAAUAUUCCACUGAAACCAUUACACAUUUCGGAUUGACUUUCAGUGGUCUCUUCACAUGCUGCGCACACUUAACUGAAACAGCUGAACAAGAAUGGAAAGAAACAGUACUCAUUUGCAGUUUUAUCAGGCAUUUUCUUUACUUCUUUAGUUUUUCACAAAUUUCUGGAGAUGAAGCUGGAGAAUGUGUGCUUUAUCAUCCUAGAAUCUGUUUACACAAGAUUACAUCUGUUCUGUUUGCACAUCCAAGUGCAUCCAACUUUUUCAGAAUAUCAUGUCUGAUAAGGUCAUAGCCACAGGUGAGGUUUCGGAAUAGCUUUAGAAAGCUUUGGGGAAACUAUUUGCCUGUUCUGCUUGACAGUGUUGGACUUUUAAGUUGAACAGCACUCUCAGUGGACAAAUGAUUAGAUACAAAUGCAUUUCCCCCCCCUCAUGCAAUCAGAGGCUUUCUUUUCCCAUCCUGCCACUCAGAGUGGGCCCCUUACACAUCUGAAAGGUCAAAGGCCAGGGAGGUGUAAAGUGACACUCCAAUACCAAAAAGAGAGUGUUAUGUCAUAGUCUUUUUUUAAAAAAAACAUAUGGUCGGGUCAAGUUCACCUUACAUCUAUUUUUAGAGAGAAAAAAGCUAGUUAAAGGAUAGAAAUGGGAAAAGCAAAGAAAGAAAGGCCGCUCCGGAUUGUGCUCUGCUCUUAGCAAACUGCAUCAAAAACCAUUCAAAGACACAACGGGACCCUCAGCAUGUUUGCAGCUGAGAGGCUCCCGCGCUCGCAAAAACUCCUAUAGAAAGAAAUCUCCCCCCUCCCUCCCCCAUUCCUCCUUUACCCCCCACAUUCACCCAUUUACUUAACAUUUUCUACACCCCUCCAUUCCUCUUCUUUGUAUCUCUUGAAUCUUGCUCCACGCCCCUCCCAACUGCACAUAUGUCACCCCCCCUAUAUAAUCGUCCCCUCCUCCCCUGCCCUUCUAUACGUUUUAUACACUGUAUACUUCAACGCAGAUGCUGUAUACAUUUGUAUACACUGUAUGCCUGUCUCUGUCUCCAUUGUAUGCCAUCCAUAUCUAUGUAGCGUUCACUAUCUUUUAUCGACACUGUAGUCACCGUACAUCUCUUCCUCUCAUCAUUAUUGCUCAUUCUUCUUCUGCAGUUAGAAUUGUACGACUAUAAUCUCUUGUCUCCCGCCCAUAUUGCCCUCCUCCCGAGCCCCGAGCCCCCACAACCCGCCCAUGACCUGCACCCCCCAUCUUGUGAAACCUCCACUCGACUCCGCAGUAGAAAAAGUUUUUCUUUUCCACUCUGGAGGAAUUUGUGACGUCAGAAGAGAGAGAGAGAGAGAGAGAGAGAGAGAGCGAGAGAGAGAGAGAGAGAGAGGAGGAGGAGGUGUGUGGGGGAGGGUGGGUUGAGAAAACUGCUAACACGAUUAAUGAUGAUGACGACAACGACGAAGAGAAAAUGUCUGUAGUAUAAUUACAAAAAAGGAAAAGUGCACUAUUAUGACAAUGAUUAUUAUUGCCUGUGAGAAAUACUGACCAAUAAACAACAAUGGAAAUAUA